CCUUUGGCACAUUGGGUGAGUGAUUGAACAUUGAAGCUUCCCAAUUACGAUUCCGGAAAGAGAAGACAUGGCGACGGUUAAAAAAGUGUAGCGAGUUACAAGUUACAAGUUACAACACACAAUAACACAAGUCUUUUUUUUUUUUUUUUUGAAGUUGUUGCAAUAGAAAAACAAAAACGGUUGUCUCUCUUUGUUUGUUAUUACACCCUGAAAUAGAGGAUUGAAAGCUUUUAAUGACAAGACUGUGUUUUUGUUUGAGGGAAGCACUUUCUCUUUCUCUUUCUCUUUCUCUUUCUCUUUCUCUCCAAGUCUGAGCCUUUGUUGUUCAGGACUCGCUAUCUCUGUUUUCACUCAGACCACCUUUUUCUUUUGUUUUUCCUCUCAUUCAUUGGCUUCUGUGUUUGCUUCCAACCCUCUCUCAGAUCUACCUUCUUUCUCCAGAAUAUGAGUAAAGAAGAGAUUUUGAAGAUACAGAAAUGUGUUCUUAAAGUGAACAUACACUGUGAUGGGUGCAAGCAUAAAGUCAAGAAAAUCCUCCAGAAGAUUGAUGGGGUGUUUACGACCGAGAUAGAUUCAGAACAGGGGAAGGUCACGGUUUCAGGGAACGUGGAUCCAAACGUUCUCAUCAAGAAGCUUGCAAAAUCAGGCAAACAUGCAGAGCUUUGGGGUGCUCCUAAACCCAACAACAACAACAACAACAACCAUAAUAAUCAGAACCACCUUGCUAACCAGAUGAAGAACAUGCAAAUUGAGCACAAUGGCAAAGGUGGUGGCGGCGGCGGCGGCGGUGGUAACAACAAGGGUCAGAAGGCUGGGAAUAACCAACCCAAAGGUGGUGGCGGUGGGCAGAAUCCACAGCAACAGCUGCAGCAGCAGUUGCAGCAGCUUCAGCAGAUGAAAGGGUUUCAAGAUCUGAAGCUUCCUCAAUUCAAGGACAUGCAAAUGAUGGCUCCAAAUCAGAACCCCAAGAACAACAACAACAACAACAACAACAUGAAGCAAGUGAAGUUCAGUUUGCCUCCUGAGGAGGAUGAUUUGUCUGAUGACGAGUUGGAUGAGUUUGAUGAUGAUGAUGACUUUGAUGACGAAUUUGAUGAUGAGAUGGAUGAUCCUCACCAUCCAUUGAACAAGAUGAAGCUCCCUAUGGGAAAUGGUGCUGCUCAUAAUAUGAUGUUGAAUGGCAUCAUGAAUGCUCAGAAGGGUGGUGGCGGCGGCGGCGGAAAUGGAGGAGGCAACGGCAAGAAAGGCGGCGGCGGUGGUGGUGGUGGUGGAGGUUUGCCUGUGCAGAUGCAGGGGAUGGGUGGUGGGAACGACGGUAAAAAUGGAAAUGGAGGAGGAAAGAAAGGAGGCGGCGGUGGCGGUGGCGGUGGUAACAACCAGAUUCAAGGUGGUAACAAAAACAAUGGUGGCAAAAAUGGAGGUCCUAUGCAAAAUGGAAACAAUGGAGGUGGAAACAAGAAUGGUAACAAUGGGCACCACGGCGGCGGUGGCGGCAAUCCAAACAAUGGCAAUGGGGGCAAAAAGGGUAAUUCAAUGAUGGGUGAAGGUGGUAAUGGUGGUGGUGGUGGUGGUGCUCAAGCUAUGAUGAGCAAUGGGUUCCAAAACCUUGGUGGUCAUCAUCCUAGCAUGGGUGGGCCCAAUAUGGGCCCAAUGAACCUCCCAAUGGGCUCAGCCGCAGCAGUCAACGGCGGCGGGGGCGGCCCGGCUGGGUACUUCCCACAGGGCGGCUCCGCGGCUCCGGAGGGUAUGGGCGGAAACCCUUACAACCAACAACAAUACAUGGCUGCAAUGAUGAACCAACAAAGAGCAAUGGGGAAUGAUAGAUUCCAACCAAUGAUGUAUGCAAGGCCUCCAAUGGCAGUGAAUUACAUGUACCCUCCUCCUCCUUACAACCCUUACAGCUACCCUCCUCCUCCUCCAGAACCAACAUAUUCCAAUUUUUUCAGUGAUGAAAAUACCUCAAGCUGCAGCAUUAUGUGAAAUAUGGAUCAUGAUGAAAUAGUUUGGUUGUGGUGGUUGCUUUGCAAUUCUCUCUGAUCAUCAAGAUGAUGCAAUAUUAUACAAUGGAAACAAAUGAGUUUUUUUCUUUUCCUUUUUUUCAUCUUUUAAAUUUAGUUUCAUUUUCAGUUUACUUUUUAUUAUCUUCUUUUUCAUCCCAGGUUUAAAAAAAACAAAAAAACCAAAGUAGAGAGGUUUGAGUUUUACCAUAGGGGAGUAAUUUAUAGGGUACUUAUAUAAUAUUUAUGUUUCUUGGGAGUAUGAGAUGAGAUGUAGCUGGGGAAUGUGGUCAUGGUGGGCUUCCUCCAUGUGACCUGUCUAUAUGUGUUUAUAUGAUGCAAAACAGAAAUAAAAUUUUCACAACAAAAA